GAAUUUGCCACCCUGCGAAUGCCUUCAGACCCUUCAGACAGCCGAGCUCUCCUGAUCGGAAUCAUUGGUUGGUGGGCCAAUUUGGCCAAGUGCUAGACGGACGACUGACUCCUCGCUCUGACUUGGCCUCUAGCAAGCUCAACCUCCAUGAAUCAUCAGCACAGCUAGACGCGAUUGUCCCUUCAUUUUGGACUCCUUCUUCCAAGCUCAUUGACGGUUCAAUGCCCACAUCAUGAGCGAGAUUGCAACCUUAGAGGCCGAAGCCAAGGCCAAAGCCGUCAAACAUGUGGCUAACAUGCUCAAAGCCCCCGAUAAACUGGAGAAGAUCAAUCAGAUGAUAUUUAAUGCCGAGCGGAAGAAGGCCUCGGCAGAGGCCAUGUUCAAGAUGGCCAUGCAUGGCCAGCUAGACGGGGUCAAGGCCGGUUUGCAUCAAUUGGAAAAGACCAUGAGCGACAUUCAGAAUGUCCAUGUGUAUAUGGAUGAAAUUGAUGAAGCCCUCAAGGAGGUUCCGGCCUUGGAAGACACGCUUCGUGAUCUGAAGACUGAGACGGCCAAGUAUUCCCAAUUGGCCACAGCCAAAGAAAAUCUCAAGCACAUUUUUAUGGUGCCUGAGACGGUGAAGCUAGCUCACACUCUGAUAUCCGAGGGCAAAGUCUUGGAAGCCCACAGGCAUUUGGUCGAUUUGGAAAAUUCGAGGGAUGAUCUCUUGUUUGAAAUCCAUAAACUUCCGCACAAUUCGUCGACAGACCGAGAAAUCUUGGAAGACUACUUCGAGCCCGUAGUGGAGCUAUCCGAGAGGAUGUUCAAAGACUACGUCAAGGUCCAUUUACGGCGAACCCUUAAUAUUGUACGCACGGACCCCAAAGUCAUCGUGACCGCUUUACGAAUUGUCGAAAGAGAGGAGAGGGCAGAUCAAGAGUGCCUCCAAAGGCAGAAGAGCACGGGCUUCUUACCCUCGGGUCGUCCCAAGCAAUGGAAAAAGAAAGGGCUCCAAGUGCUGAAAACCAACGUCCAAGAAAGGAUCGAAGGCAAUCAAUUGGAGACCAAAACGGAAAACAAAAUGUGGCUCGUUCGUCAUUUGGAGCUAAUACGGAUGAUAACCGUAGAGGAUCUUCGGAUCGCUCGCACCCUUUGCCAGCCUGUGUUCCCGCCCCAUUACAACAUCUUUGAUACUUAUAUAUCCAUGUAUCAUGAGGCUUUGAGCACUAGAUUAUUGGAGAUCAUUGCCAAUGGGCUGGAAGGCCAUGAAUAUGUGACUCUUCUAUCUUGGGUCAUACAGACCUAUCCGGGUAAAGAACUCAUGGCCGAUCCUAUGCUGAGGAUUCCUGAGGAUAAAGUGAGUCCAUUAUUGGAUACGGCCACACUCGAAAACGUUCAAAACGAGUAUUUACAAAACAUCAGUGCCAACUAUGAGGAAUGGAUGAGGAACACUUUGUCCCAAGAAGUCGAAGAUUGGAAGAAAGAAAUUGACCCAGAUAUGGAUAAUGAAAGCUGCUUCCACACCUCGGCCCCCAUCAUCAUCUAUCAAAUGAUUGAUGAGAACUUGCAAGUGGCUGCCACAAUCUCCCCAAAGUUGGUUAACAAAGUCCUAGUACUGAGCAUGGAAGAAGUCGGUAAAUAUGGAGGAAUGUACCGAUUGGCCAUUGUGGAUUAUAAGAACAGAUACUUCAAAGACCGGGCACAGAUCUCCUUGUUCACCAAGUAUAUGAUAGCCAUUGUGAAUAAUUGUGAAAGAUUCGAGGAGCUGGCGCAAGAGCUGAAAGUAAGAUGGUGGAAGCCUGGUUUCCAUGAUCAAGAUGCCACCAACAAAUUGGAGGUUCUUCUCAAGACAUUUCAGGAAAUGAAACUGGAAACGUCCUCCUAUCUUGUGGACGAAAGCUUUCUCGAUCUGGACGACCAUUUCACCGAGAUCCUCUCGACCAAAUGGCAAAACACUACCGACGCCAUUGACACUGUGUGUGCUACCUUGGAUGACUACUUCUCAGAUUACAAGUACCUAAAGACCAAGAACUUUGAGAGCGUCAUCACCUUGGCUCAAGAUCGCGUGGCUCGGCGCUACAUCACAUCCAUGCUUCAAAACAACAUCCUCCGUCGCAAGGUCACCUUCGAAACCAGCCGAGAUCGCCAAAACGCGGCUGAAAAGAUCAAGAAUGAGGCCAUCCAACUCAAGACGUUCUUUCGGAAUGUGGCGGGCGAUAUGGCGGAUUUCGACUCUCCAUUUGAUGCCCUGUCUCUUCUGGCUGAGGUGCUAAAAAGCGAUGAGGAAUUGCUCUCGUUAGACAUCGGCACUCUGGUCAAGCGUUACUCGGAUAUCACGCAUGAUCAGCUACUGUGCUUGCUUUUGCUGCGUGGGGAUCUGUCCAAAACAGUGGCCAAAGAAAUAGCCCAAGAGUCUGUACCCGAAGGAGUAAGAAAUCGGGGUGGAACGCUCCACGCCAAAUCGAUUUUGUCCCAAGUUCAGGUCACUCCAGGCUUGAUCAAUAGCCUGCUCGCCAACAAGGAAGGGGCAGUGGGAACCAUGACCAAUUUAAACCCCUUUACCAACGCCAAAGACGGGUUUAAAGAUUAAAUGAUGAUAACACUGUUAUGUGAUCGAGCUUGUAAGGCGUGUUGUUGAUUUUGAGGUUUCGACCUUUUUAAUACAAAUUCUAACUCAUCUGA